GUCAGCUUGACUGACAUGUUUCAUAAUGAGAUCGAGGCAGAAGCACAGCCAACCUCAGAUUUGAUGAAUUAUUCCACGGACUCCGUGUUCUGUGCACCAUGUCUGUGUACAGCCCACUUUGCCACUCUGUGGACUUUUAUCCUGUGGUCGGCUUUCAGCGUGUGGACUCUGGUUGGAGGUGAGGUUGUGGUGAUUGGUUCAAAUCUUCCAAUCAUUGCUGCUCCGGGUGAUGAUGUCAUCCUGUCGUGUCACCUGGAGCCCAUGUUCGAUGUCCAGGGUCUGACGGUGGAGUGGUCCAAACCCGACCUGAAGCCCGACCCGUCAGACCGGCUGAGCCGAGUGGAGUACGUUCACCUGUACAGGGACAGGAAGGAGGUCCCCGACAUGAAGAUGGCCUCGUACUUCAGGAGGACGGAGCUGUUCAUGGACGCCAUGAAACACGGGAACAUUUCACUGAAGAUCCUGAACGUGUCGGAGGAAGACAACGGCAGAUACAGAUGCUUCAUCCCCAAGCUGAGGAGCCGAGUGAAAGCUGCUGUUGUUGAACUUGUAGUCGAUCCAAACCACAUUAAAACCUCUGUGGCAGAGACGUCGCUCCAAACGCAAGAUCCUCAGGACAAAACUCCAAGAAACGGGUCUCUGUGGUCAUCAUUAUCAUCGCCUUCAUGUCCGUUGUGGCUGACGCUGCUUUCUUUGCAUAAUUCUAUUAGUGGAUUUUUUAGACAUUAAAAGUAAGAAACAAAAAAACACAAAUAAUGUUGAUUCUUGCCAUCACACUUAAUUGGAUUUAAAAAAAAAUAUUUUCAGCUUUUAAAAAAAAAUCAGAAACAGCCAGAGGCAAAUGAGAAAAACACUUUUUAUUUUUACUGGAUCUUCAGCCAGGUUGGAUUCAAACCAACAGCCACCGGGAGACACUCAAGCCCAGCAGCACCAAGAUCAUCUUCUAUAACAGGAAGUGAGCCUAAUUUGAACUUUGACCACGUCCAGUUUAUCUAUCGAGCUCAUUUUCACACAAAGAAAGUGUCAUACAAGAAAACCCAGAGUGGAAGAUCAGAGGAUGUAAACAGGAAAUAUUUCUUACAGAAGUCUUCAGUCAGAGUGGCUGCUGUCAGACUCUGGAGGAUCUGCUUGGAAACAUCAGGCAGUGAAACUGAUGGAUUUCCUCCUUCAGUACAAAACUGUGAAGUUCAGCCUGGAGAAGAAACACUCCUCUGCCUCACUGUCAGCAUGUUUAAUGAAUAUUUAUUUAGUCUCACUGUGUGAACUUCAAUCUUCAGUGAGACCUUAAAGUGUCUCCGAUGGACAAAUUAAAGGGUUAAAAUCCCCCCUUCAUUGCUAACUAGACUGAAACAAAUCAUCCCCAAACACCAAGACUGUUUUGUGUUUAAAUAUUUGCAGUUUUUUUGCAGCAUCCGUUGCAGAUCAAAGCAUUAAAGGAAAUUUAAAGGUUUCUCUCCAGGUACCAUGGCCUCCUUCCAUAGUCCAAACAUUAAAUGGGGGUUCUACAUUGCUCAUAGGCAAUGUGAGUGUGAAUUUUUCUGUGUCUUUCUGUUUUGGCCCACAACAGACUGGAGAUCUGUCACGAGUGCACUCCGUUUCUCGCCCUAUGGUAGCUGGGAUGGGCUCCCUCCCGACCCUGAUAAGGAUGGAUGGAAAUAAGCCAUCCGCUGGCUGCCUGCAGUAAUGAAAUGAGAUUUGUGAAGUAUGAGAAGUUUGAUGAGAUUCACAUAAGAUUGAGAGUGCACAUGCAAAAGCCAUGUAUACCAAACCUCCAAUCAGAGAUUCUGCUGCAGCUGUGAAGUUGUUCCUUUUAUUUGAUAAUUUUCUACACUCAAAAAAUUAACUGUUGACUUUAAUUAUUUUUUGUCAAUAGGUUUCAGAAAAAUGUAUUAUGUUAGAUAGAAGCAAAAAAUGUAAGUUAGUUAAAACAAAUGAAAUUUGAUUAGAAAAGCAAAAGUUCUGGGAACUGAGGAAAUAAAAAAUACUGAUGAUCAACAAGA